GUAUCUAAAAGUUGUGCUGAGGAAAUCGAAAAUGUUUGCAAAAAUCGCAGUUUUAGCUCUGCUAUGCGGAAUGUCUUCCUCAGGUCAUCUCGAUAUAUCCCCUUAUCAUGGAGCUGCUCCCUACGACAAAGUAAUAGGGAUCUAUGAUCAUCCCUAUGGGGGUAACAUUUACGGCAAUGGAUACGAAAAAGAUUAUGAUCAUUAUCAUUAUCCGAAAUAUGAAUAUUCUUAUGGUGUUCACGAUCCUCAUACUGGUGAUCAGAAGUCUCAACACGAAGAACGCGAUGGUGAUGUCGUGAAAGGGUACUACACCGUUGCAGAUCCGGAUGGUACUCUACGUACAGUUCAUUAUACUGCUGACGAUCAUAAUGGUUUUAACGCCGUUGUACAAAAAGACGGUCAUCAAAUACAUCCACAAAUUUACGGCAAAGUAAUAGCGGAACCUGUUGUUGAAAAAGUAUUAGUUGAACCUAUUUACGAAAAAGUUUUGUACGACCAACCACUUUAUGAGAAAGCUUAUAAAAAACCCUUUUAUGGUUAUGAGAAUGGUCCUUUAGGAAAUAAAUAUGGCUCCAGUCGACAGGCGGUCUCUUACAUGUCUCCACUGGCGCAAGAUUAUUCAUGUAUUGAAAACAGAAACGGAUUGACUUACUUGGUCGGAGUAAAUGGUAAAUUAUAUUUUGAGCCUCCAUCUGAUAUGGAGAUUUUAACUUUGAUAGCUGUAGCUGCAGUAGCACAAGCUGGAGUUUUGAACUACAGUCACGGCCAAGCUAGUUCAUACUCUUCAGUUAAUUUGGAAACACCAAAGUUCCAUCAAGGAUAUGCAACUAAUCCAAUUGUUUCUCAUGGAUAUUCUACAAACAAAGAUGUAGAUUUUUACGCUCCUCCAAAAUACGAAUUCAACUACGGCGUUCAAGAUGCUCAAAGUGGAGAUCAUAAAAGUCAACAUGAAGUACGUGAUGGGGAUGUAGUUAAAGGUAGUUACACUGUAGCGGAAUCUGAUGGUACCAUCCGCACUGUCCACUACACCGCUGACGACCAUAAUGGAUUUAAUGCCGUGGUAGAAAAAUCAGGACAUCCAGUACAUGCAGCUCCAGCUUACGGAAAAACUAUAUUAGCUGGUCCUUCUUAUCACCAUUGA